AUGUCUGUAAUGGGAGGUGGUACGAGAGGGUUUUAUUUCAACACAGUUCUGUCACUGGCCCGCUCUUUAGCUGCCCACCGUCCCGCGCCGGUCGAAAAGGUUAAGAAAUUACAAUGCAUGUGUCCUGUGGAAGUCCGGGGCGUAUUCACUUUGGAUGUGCGACGCAGAGAUGCUGUCAUUGCACUGGCCGUAUUUCUGGUGGAAUCUGGCUUACAACACAAAGACAUACUUGUUUCCUACUUGCUGAGCUUAUUGAGAGGGCUGCCACGGGUCCAAUGGAUCGAAGAAAGCUCGGGAAAGAAGGGAAAGGAAUUUCUCCCAGUUGCAGAAAACUUCAGCUUCUGCCUGGUAACCCUACUUGCCGAUGUGGCUCAGAGGGACUCGGACUUCCGACAAGAGAUAUUGAACACCAUGAUGGAGGUCAUUCAGACAUUACAAGAGAUGUGCCAAACACCUGAUAAUCAUGACAAAAUGUUCCUGUGCAGGUAUGUUGUCCCCACUCUGCUCGGGAUGACUCGAGCAUUUGGCCGCUACAGCCACACAGAAGAAGCCCUGUUGUCCAAGUUGUUUCCCAAGGAUUCCCCUCAGGCUCCUUGUGUCACAGAGGAAACGGAGGGUGUGCGCCGCCGGUCAUUCAACGACUUUCGAUCCAUUCUGCCCUCCUCACUGCUCACGGCGUGCCAAAGCGACAGUCUGCGCAGACGCAACGGGAGCAGCACGGAUUCCUCUGCACAGAUCUCUUCAGAUCCAGCAGGCCACUCACCAUGCUCUCCCACAGCACCUGGGCCACAUUACUUUGAAGGUGCCUAUUUUCCGGACAGCAGCACAAUAGACCCUGACUACUAUUUCUCCACAGUCAGCUCCAGUUUUUCAGUGUCUCCCCUUUUCAUGGGAGAGGGCGAAAAUGAGGUUGAGGUGCCAGUUGAUGUGCUGCGACAGCUCCUCGUCAUGGUGAAGAAAUUUGUUUCUGAGUCUUUUUUGAAGACUCUAGAUGCCACGGUGACAGAGGUCAUAGAGUCUAAUCCUGGAAUCAGCAUCUAUUACAAAACCUUCAGUGACCCUAUCUAUGUGUGUGUGUUCAAAAUGCUGCGGGACACACUGUACAACAUGAAAGCUUUGCAGCCAACAUUUGUACGGGAGGUACACGACUUUGUGCUGGAGCAGUUUAGCAGCAGUCAGUCCGAGCUGCAGCGGGUACUCCACGACACGGGAGGGUUACCGGGGGAACAAAGCCCCCUCAAGCUCCGUUGCCAGGCCAACGCUGCGUGCGUUGACCUCAUGGUCUGGGCCGUCAAAGAUGAGCAAGGAGCGGAGAAUCUGUGCACCAAACUGUCAGAGAAGCUGCAGUCGAAAACAUCCAGUAAAGUCAUCAUUGCACACAUGCCGCUGCUCAUCUGUUGUCUACAGGGCCUGGGCCGUCUGUGUGAGAGGUUUCCAGUAGUGGCUCACUCUGCCACGACCUCUCUCAGAGAUUUCCUGGUGGUUCCUUCUCCUGUUCUUAUAAAACUCUACAAGUAUCACAACCAGUUCAGCGCAGUAACGGGAGAAAUACGGAUAAACGUGACCAACGAGCAUUCUCAGUCCACCAUCAAUGUAAUGUCAAACAGAAAGGACCAGCCUUCCAUGUACGAGCAGCUCAGAGAUAUUUCCAUUGAUAACAUCUGCAGAUGUCUGAAAGCUGGUUUGACUAUGGACAGUGUGAUUGUAGAGGCCUUCCUGGCCAGUCUGUCCAACCGGCUGUACAUUUCACAGGAGAAUGAGAAGGAUGCACAUCUAAUUCCAGAUCAUACCAUUCGAACCCUUGGCCACAUUGCAGUGGCUUUGAGAGACACUCCUAAAGUUAUGGAGCACAUCUUACAGAUCCUUCAGCAAAAGUUCUGCCAGCCUCCGUCACAGCUGGAUGUACUCAUCAUUGACCAGCUGGGCUGCAUGGUUAUUACUGGAAAUCAAUACAUCUACCAGGAGGUGUGGAAUCUAUUCCAGCAGAUAAGCGUGAAAGCCAGUUCAGUGGUCUACUCGGCCACCAAAGACUACGGAGAUCAUGGCUACAGGCACUGUUCUCUGGCUGUGAUCAAUGCACUAGCCAACAUAGCAGCCAACCUGCAGGGGGAGCAGCUGGUGGACGAACUGAUGGUGAACCUUUUAGAACUGUUUGUCCAACUGGGCCUGGAGGGGAAAAGAGCCAGCGAGAGGGCCUAUGACAAGGGACCUGCGCUGAAGGCAUCAAGCAGCGCUGGAAAUCUCGGAGUCCUCAUUCCAGUGAUUGCUGUGUUAACUCGGCGGCUUCCACCGAUCAAAGAGGCUAAGCCCCGCCUCCAGAAGCUCUUCAGAGACUUCUGGUUGUACUCUGUGGUCAUGGGCUUUGCUGUGGAAGGAUCAGGGCUUUGGCCAGAGGAGUGGUAUGAAGGUGUUUGUGAGAUUGCUACCAAAUCUCCUCUCCUCACCUUCCCGAGUGGGGAACCACUUCGUUCUGAACUACAAUACAACUCGGCUCUGAAAAACGACACAGUGACACCGGCCGAGUUGAGUGAACUGCGAGCAACCAUCAGCAAUCUCCUUGACCCCCCACCGGAAGGAUCAGCCCUCAUUAAUAAGCUGGACUUUGCCAUGUCAACUUACCUGCUCUCAGUCUACAGAUUAGAAUACAUGAGGAUGCUGCGAUCUAAUGAUCCCGACAGGUUCCAGGUCAUGUUUCGAUACUUCGAGGACAAAGCCAUCCAGAAAGACAAAUCCGGCAUGCUGCAGUGCAUCAUUUGUGUCGGUGACAAGGUAUUUGAUGUCUUCCUCCAGAUGAUGGCUGAGAAGGCAAAAACCAAAGGGCACGAAGAAGAAUUGGAGCGCCACGCUCAGUUCUUGUUGAUUAACUUUAACCACACCCACAAGAGGAUCCGUAGAGUAGCAGACAAAUACCUUUCUGGUUUGGCUGAGACAUUCCCCCAUCUGCUUUGGAGUGGUCGAGUGUUGAAGACAAUGUUAGAUAUUUUGCAGACACUCUCUCUGUCUCUGAGUGCUGACAUUCACAAGGACCAGCCAUACUACGACAUUCCAGACACCCCAUACAGGAUCACAGUUCCUGACACGUAUGAAGCUCGAGAGGUGGCUGGCAUGAUCCAGUUCUCAGAGGCCACUCACAGCCAGUCAGACCUGAAACAGUUGAUGAUCCAUCAAAUGACCAGCGCUCUUGGCAGGAAAGACCCAGAGGCCUUCACCCAAGUUAUGUUCAAGAUGGCCGCCCUGCUUAUAACAACCAAAAAUCCCCAAGACAUGUCAGUGAACAGCUUGUCUGUAAUGGCGGUGGCAGACAGCCGCAACAGUCUGGAUGCAGCGGUGGGCCAGAGGCAGCAGGUUGCACAGGGAUGGAUAAACACCUACCCUCUUUCCUCUGGAAUGUCCACCAUAUCCAAGAAAUCAGGGCUCUCAAAGAAAAGCAACAGAGGCUCCCAGCUUCACAAAUACUACAUGAAACGCAGGACGCUGCUACUGGCUUUACUGGCCAGCGAGAUUGAGCGCCUGACAACGUGGUAUAACCCACUGUCCACUCCAGAGCUCGCCAUUGCCACAGAGCAGUCGGUGGAGACCAGCAUUGCUAACUGGCGAUCCAAAUACAUCAGCCUGACAGAAAAACAGUGGAAGGACAAUGUGAACCUGGCGUGGACCAUAGCGCCAUACCUCGCCCUGCAGCUGCCUGCCAGAUUUAAAAACACUGAGUCUAUAGUCUCUGAGGUGACUCGUCUUGUGCGAAUGGAUCCAGCUGCUGUCUGUGACGUUCCUGAGGCGGUCAAGUUCCUGGUGACAUGGCAUACAAUCGAUGCUGACUCUCCAGAGCUGAGUCAUAUUCUCAGCUGGGCCCCGGCAGACCCCCCAACUGGACUAUCCUACUUCUCCUCAAUGUACCCUCCUCACCCCCUCACUGCCCAGUAUGGGGUCAAAGUGCUGCGCUCCUUUCCUCCUGACGCUAUUUUAUUUUACAUUCCUCAAAUCGUCCAAGCUCUUCGUUAUGACAAAAUGGGCUAUGUGAGGGAGUACAUCCUGUGGGCCGCGCAGAAGUCUCAACUGCUGGCUCACCAGUUUAUCUGGAACAUGAAGACCAACAUAUACCUGGACGAGGAAGCACACCAGAAAGACCCUGACAUUGGAGAGCUGCUGGAAGAGAUGGUGGAAGAGAUCACUGGCUCUCUCUCUGGACCAGCCAAAGACUUCUACCAGAGAGAGUUUGACUUCUUUAAUAAGAUUACCAAUGUCUCAGCCAUAAUCAAGCCAUUUCCCAAAGGGGAGGAGAGGAAGAGGGCCUGUCUGGAAGCCAUGUCACAGAUCAAAGUCCAGCCAGGCUGUUAUCUUCCCAGUAACCCAGAAGCCAUAGUUUUGGAUAUAGACUACAAAUCUGGGACUCCCAUGCAGAGUGCUGCCAAAGCUCCAUACUUGGCCAAAUUCAAAGUUAAGAGGUGUGGAGUCAGUGAGUUGGAAAAAGAAGGUCUGCUGUGCCGCUCAGACUCUAUGGACGAGGAAAAAAGUGAAGAAGAGGCCAAGAGAAUCUGCUGGCAGGCAGCCAUUUUUAAAGUUGGAGAUGACUGCAGACAGGACAUGCUGGCUCUUCAGAUUAUCAGUCUAUUCAAGAACAUUUUCCAGCUGGUGGACCUGGAUCUUUACGUCUUUCCUUACAGAGUGGUGGCAACAGCUCCUGGAUGUGGAGUGAUUGAGUGCAUCCCAGACUGUAAGUCUCGUGACCAACUGGGGCGCCAGACAGACUUUGGCAUGUACGACUACUUCCGGAACCAGUAUGGAGAUGAAUCCACACUCACGUUUCAGAAGGCGCGGUACAACUUUAUCCGCAGCAUGGCAGCCUCACCCGGUGGGAACCUCGGCUGGGAGCCAGAUAUCAAGCUCACUGAUGAGAUGGUGAUGAUCAUGGGCGGGAAGAUGGAGGCCACCCCAUUCAAGUGGUUCAUGGAGAUGUGCGUUAGGGGAUACCUGGCAGUGAGGCCCUACAUGGAUGCCGUGGUCUCCUUAGUUAACCUCAUGCUGGACACCGGCCUUCCCUGCUUCAGAGGACAAACUAUCAAAUUCCUCAAGCAGCGGUUCAACCCGGGUCUGAGUGAGAAAGACGCUGCUUCCUUCAUCAUCAAAGUCAUUCAGAACUGUUUCCUUAGCAACAGGAGGCGUCUGGGCCGGGGCAUCUGGGGUAUCAUCUGGCGCCUAACAAAGACCCUCGCCAGCUGGGGAGGAGGGCAGCAGAUCCAGAGAGAGGGAGACCGAGGAAAGGGGGCACGGAGGAGAGGGGAGCAGGAGAGAAAGAGAGAGAGAGUACCCUUUUCUUCUGGCCCUCUUCAGAGAGAGUGGCCAUUGACACUGUGCAUCUCAUUAAAAAUCUGCGCGGCACCCCCCACUCUCCCCUCUCUCCCCCUCCCGUCCUCCUCUCCGCUGCACAGAGCCCACGCAGCUGCCUCUCCCUGUUUGGCCAUUCAAGCUCAAGUGCAGUCCACGGCAGGAUGGGGAGAAAAAAAGGCAGACAGAGAGAAGGCUUGGACUCAGAGGGGCGAAGGGGGGGGGUUGGGGGUUGAAAUGGAGGCCUUGGACAUAUGCCACCACCAGUGUGACGAGCGUCUUCGAGGUGUUCUGUUUCCAGAGAGCAAUGACCAUAUUCUGGCCGUGUCUUUCGGAGGGCGUCAUGCUCAGCUCAUGGCGGCGAGCACGUCCCUCCUCUCCGCUUACACUGAAUAUGCAGACUCUAGA